UUCAGACGUCUCGGAAUUCGGUUCACUUAACUCAGGCACUCAAACUGUAGUCAUGUCGCAACACUGGUCAUCAAACUGUAACAGCUGUGCGAGCCGACUUUUGGCGGUGAUUUUUGUGGUUCAGCUGGUGAAUGUUGUGUUGGUGCAUGCCUCGAACCAAAUUGACGUGGAAUCAGAUCUGCGGCACUUGCUGGGACACUGCCACAGCCAGGGUGAGGAGUACAAUGAUUGCAUGAAGCAGGUUUUUAACGAUCUGCGGGCGUACUUCACAACAGGCAUACCCGAUUAUCACAUAAAACCCUUUGAUCCCCAUCAUUCUGACUAUGUGGAACUGCGGCGAGGCGACGGGGUCCAUGGCAUCGGCAGCUUUCGCCUCGUUUUGCGCAAUGUUUCCGAGUACGGCUGGUCCAAGUCCGAGGUGACCAAGUUCCAUGCGGAUGCCGAAGAUCAGCGCAUUGUCUAUGCGCAAUAUUUCCCCGACAAAAGCCUGGAGGGUCAGUACGAGUUCUCCGGCAAGCUGCUGGGCACAGAGAUCAAGCGUCGCGGUCCCUGGAAUCUAACUCUCUAUGAUUACAGUCAGACCACCAGUGUAGUACGCGUGGGCGGACCGGGCUCUCUUCUCAAAAUCCAUGUGGAAGUCGAUCGCAUUGGCGGCAUGGAACUGCACAUUGGGGACCUUCUUAAGCACCCUCUCAACUCUCUGGCCGAUGGGGUCAUCAACAGCAUGUGGCAGCUGGGGCUGCCUUUUGUCAAGCCCAUGAUCAAUGAGCUGGUGAGCACUGCCUUCACGGACAUCUUCAACGAAUCCUUUCGUUACUUUCCCCUCGAGAGUUUCCUGAGUGCAACCUGAUCUAGUUUUAUACAUACUCGUAAUAUUUAAUGGAAACCCUUAGAGCAAGGCUAGUU